CACCGUAAACGGAGACUGGCCAAGCUGUCAUCUGGCUCCGAGUCUGAGGAAGAGGAGGAGGAAAAAUGGGGUUCUGACAAGGAAGUAGCAAAGCAGCACCCAUCGCAUCCUCGCCACCACGGAAAGCUUGCUAGGACUGAUGGCCAUAUCGCAAAUGGUGGUGGUAGCAGGAGCGCCACUGAACCUCGGGAACAUUCACAAAGGACGGAAAACGGUGCUGCCGUGGAGCGAAAAAGUCCUCCAACGCUCGACUGUCUACAACAGUUACGAAAUCUGAAUCGCCAGCUCAAGGCCAGUCUUAUGCGUGGUCAUGAUGAUCACGCCAAUGCCCUGGCUAUCUUCGACCAGAUUUGUGCUGUGCCCGCCACCUUGGUCCAGCUUACACAGGCCUCGGAUCUCACAGACUGUGUUAAAAAGGUUCUUUUUUUCACCCCCCCUUCCCCCCUUUGUUUUUCCCAUCUCCUUUGGGCGAUCACUUUUGACCGUUUUACAUUUUGUUUUGUUGCCCUCGGGGGUCGAGAGGCGGUGUGA